AUGGUUUUGCCCUCAACACCCCCAAAUGGUUUCACCCGCUGCGUCAUCCCUCUGCGCCGGCCUCUGACGUCAUCGCCAUGCGCACCGUCGCGCCGCAGCCGCCGCCGCCGCUUCGGGGACACCGAGGGCGCCCUCGCAGCCAAGCGGCGCCGCCCGGAGCUACCGGGGACCCCGCGCCCCGACGGCAGCCCCGCGGCCGUGGAGGCCGCGCUCGGGGCCGUGGCUGCGCUCUUCCCCCGCCGCCUCUUCGGGGACGCGCUGCCGCCGCUCGUGCUCCGCCACCAGCUCUACGACCUGGUGCGGGACCGGACCGCCGUGGACCGGCACCUGAACCGGCUCCGUGACGAGGGCCGGGUGCGGCUGCUGCACCUGGGGCUGGGCCCGGACACGCUCGGGGUCGUGAGCCUGGAGCUCUACCGGGAGAAGGUGCUGGCGGGCGUGGCCGGGUCCCCCCGGGAGGGGCUCGUCCGGCGCUUCCUGGAGGCCGCGGUGGCCGCGAGCCCCGAGCUGGGCUACGAACGGAGGGGGAUGGGCCAGAGGGGCUUCGGGGACAGCGACAUCACGCAGUUGGUGGCCGCGGGGCUCCUCACCGUGCGCGACGCCGGCAGUUGGUGGCUGGCGGUGCCGGGGGCCGGGCGCUUCGUGCGGGCGCUGCUGAGGGGCCGCCGGGCCGUGCUGUCUCUGGUCCGGCGCUCCCGGCACCGCCAGGUCCCGCUCCGGGAGCUCCAGGGGCUCCGAGCUCCCCCGGGCGCCGCGCUGGGGGUCCCGUUCCUGCUGCACGACCUGCUGGGGGAGGGGCGGCUGCUGCGUGUCCCCAGUGCCGCGGGCCCUCUGCUGCGAUUGGCUGAGCCCUGACCUCUGGCCUCGACCAGACCUUCCUGAGGAAUUCUUCCCCAAAACUUUUGCACUAGGGCGUGGCCAGGCCUGGCCACGCCCAUUUGGGGCGGGACUAAGGCAGAGCUAUUAAAUAUUACCUGCUUUAGCCCCGCCCCCUCGGCAUUCAUCCCCUCCCCCCGCAGGCCGGGGGUGUCCCCGCGCUCGGGGGGGCGGGGAAUUGAAGCCGAGCGCAAUAAAACCCAAAAUCAAUUAAAAAAUAAAUCAAUCAAAUCGCUCAAUUUCCAAAA